AUGGAUUUUUGGACAAGGAUCUUCUAUUACAUUACACUGCUACUUCUCACUUCUUCAAAUUCUACUUGGGAGACUUCAAUUAAAAAUGAAGAUGAUAAUCUUUACAAAUUGACAUCAUCUACUAACGACAGUCCGGGUUUACAAUAUGAAGUUGUUGGUAAAGCUAAGUUAUAUAAAAGUAGUUGGACUAUCAAUACGUAUUUUGAUUUAAAGAAUUUAGAUAAUAGUUUUAAUAUUAAUAAGGCAAUGUUAAAAUCAAUUAAAAUGUACGUUAAUAUUAGUGAUACAGCUAAAGUAUCUAUACUUCGGCUUAAAAAACAUGAACUUGCGCUAGAAAAAGAAAUUGAUGUAAUUAAACAAUUAGCUGAACACAAUAAAAGGGUAAAAAGAUCUUUCGAAUUUGGAGGCUCGGCACUUCAAUGGAUGUUUGGUAUUGCCGAUGCCGACGAUGUUCGAAGAUAUGAUAGCUCAAUAAAUAAAAUGGAAAAAAAUCAAGAUAAAAUUUUAAGAAUAGUUCACGAUCAAAUAUCGAUUUUGAGUAGUACAAUUUAUAAUUUUAAUGAUACUGUCACGUCAUUUAAUGAAAAUAAAAUUGUAUUUGAUAAUAAUAUGAAAAGGGUUGAAGACAAUUUAAAUAACUUUAGCAAUGAACUAUCUAAAGAAAAAAAACUAAUAUUUGAUAUUGAAUUAAUUAAUUUGAUUGAAAAUAAUAUAUUCGAAUUGGAUAUGUUUAUAACUAGGCUACAGAGAAUGAUAUCCAAUGCUCAAAUGAAUAAGGUAGAUCCUUUUGUAAUGACGCCCUAUCAAUUAUUAUCGGAAAUAAAGAAUAUUGAAAAUAUUCUUCCCGAUGAUUUAAAAUUACCGGUAAAGUUCAAUUUAGAAAACAUUCAUGAAGUAUUUAAAAUAAUGAGCGUCCAACUACAUUAUAUUAAUGAUAAAUUAAUAUUUUUAAUAAAAAUUCCUUUGUGUAUUGUGGACAAUUUUAACUUGUUUCAUAUUUUACCAAUUUACGUUCCAAUUAAUGAAUACGGACAAUUUCUUCAUAUGACUGAAAGUCCAAUGUAUUUAUUAGCAGACGAAAUGGUUACAAAAUAUUUUGUAUGGCCCAAUCUCAAUAACUGUAUAGUAGUAGCUAAAAUAUUCGUUUGUGCUUUUAAUGAAAUGAUACACAACGGUGAGUCUGAUCCCAUUUGUGUAACACAAUUAUUAAAGAACUCUGCAGUAACUCUACCACCACAAUGUGAAACAUAUAUUACCGAGUUCAAAAAAGAAAUGUGGUAUCCGUCUUAUUUUAAAAACAAUUGGUAUUUUGUGUGUGAAAAGCCGACGACCAUAACAAUAAUUUGCAAUAAACAAACUAAAAUCUUUAAAAUAAAAAUUAAAAAUUCCGGAAAGUUAUACUUAAAAUCUGAGUGUUUCGCUUUUACUACGAAAGGUGUUCUUAGAACGGAACAAUCGUUAGAAUCAUCACUCCCUGUCAUUUUACCAAUAGACUUAUCAAUUUUAAAUGAUUCUUGUUGUAAUAUGCCUAUCAACCAAUCUUACCCGAAACCAAUUCACUUAAAUGAAAUAAAAAAUCUCAAAUUUAAUAAAGACGCUUUUAAUCGAAUAAACUUACAACUAGACCAACAAGACAAUUUAAUUACCUCCCUUGUUGUAGAUAGAACGUAUGACUUCGUUUAUACAAAUAAAUACUUAAUUUUAAUUAUAAUUGCAAUAUUAAUAUAUUGUUUUUUUAAGUAUUUUAAAAAUAAAAAUAAAAAGUCAGCCUUAGAAAAUAAUAUAGAGCUGGGAUAUCGUCCCUGUGCUCAAUAG